AUGUUGACAGUGGCCAUCUCCCAGGUUGUGACUGACUGUGUGUCUCCUCCCCAGUCCAACAAGGUGUCGGUGGUGCAGCAGUCCCAUGGCAUGCACCCGCUGUCCUCCCUGCUGCCCUACGGCCCCAACGAGCACUUCAGCCCCAGCCCGCCGCACCUGCCCACAGACAUGAGCCAGAAGACAGGUGUUCACAGGCCUCAGUCUCAGGAUCUCUCAGGCUUCUACUCUCUCCCCCCAGGCAGCGUUGGUCAAAUCUCCCCAUCGAUGGGCUGGCAGGGCCAGCCGGUCUACCCCGGCCUGCCUUCCUGUGGCUUCAGGCAGACCUACUCCAGCAGCCUGUCAGCCUCCUCUUCCUACCCCAGGUUCCCUCACUCUCUGAUGCUGGGUCCAUCGGGGAUGCACCCCACGGGGAUCCCCCACCCGGCCAUUGUGCCCCCCUCAGCCAAACAGGAGCAUGACCAUUAUGACAGGGGCAUGUACGCGAAGCCCCAGGGCGAGGCCAAGAGGGAGAAGGAGCCCAAGAAGCCGGUGAUCAAGAAGCCCCUGAACGCCUUCAUGCUGUACAUGAAGGAGAUGAGGGCAAAGGUCAUCGCCGAGUGCACACUAAAGGAGAGCGCCGCCAUCAACCAGAUCCUGGGGAGGAGGUGGCAUGCGCUGACCCGUGAUGAGCAGGCCAAGUACUAUGAGCUGGCCAGGAAAGAAAGACAACUGCACAUGCAGCUCUACCCCAGCUGGUCAGCCCGGGACAACUACGAGGCAGGCCGUAGCGGGGGCGCUGGGGGAAACACUAAAGAUUGGCACAGCGUAGAGUUGACCAAAGAACAGCUCCAGAUCAUCGUAGAAGAGACCCACACUGGAUCUGUCUGCAACCUUUAUACAAGCACUAUAUUCUUUGAACUAAUAAGGGAUGUCAAUCAAAGUGUAUUAACACUGAGUACAAAUCAGAUCGCAUUCAUAUGUUUUGAUCGAUCUAUCAACCUGUGGUCCAGUGUUGAACCCGUGUUGAACCUGUGUGUGUCUGUUUGUGUCUGUAAUGUGUGUGUGUGUGUACUCUGCAGUGACCCCCUUGGUGACCCCUCUUACGUCCGCAUCUAUUCACAGAUAACUCUCUUGACUGUUCCUAGGAGGAAGAAGAAGUGUAUUCGCUACCUUCAGGGAGGAGGCUGCCCCAGCCCCGCUUCCUCCGAUGGCAGCGCUCUAGACUCUCCUCCCCCCACGUCCGCCCCCCCCUCCCCCUUCUCCUCUCCGGCCCGCCCCCGCCAGGCCCCGCCCCCGCCGCCACGCCGCUCCCCGCCCCUCCCCUCCUCGCCGUCGGACCCCGCCCCCGCCCACCACGCGCGCACAGAACUUUCCCCCGCCAAGAGGCCCCAAGGGCACACGCACGUGCCCCACGUGCACACCCACGCCUACGUGCACUCUUCCUCCUCAGCGGCCAUCGCCAAAGCAACUGGACUCUCUCUCCGGGUUUUGACGGAGUCUCAGAUAUGAGAAGUGAAACCCAAUGGGGCCCUCGUCUCUCCUCCCCCACCCCUAUAUCCUCACUCCCCCACCCCUAUAUCCUCACUCACCACCCCGCCCCCCCCCACCACCUCACUCCCCU